UUUUGAAUUUCCUCCUCACUUCGUAGGUUUUAUCAACGCAACAAUAAUUGCACUGCUAUUAUUAUUAUUAUUAAUUCAAAACAAUAAUACGUUGUUUAAACAAAACGUGUGUGUUUCGCCUACUUCAUAAACAAUUGAUCAUACUCGUUUUGAACUCCGUGCAUUUGUCACAAUUACGAAUUCGAACAUUCGGGAACACGAAUUUCAUGAGAUUGAAGCAAAGUACAUUCGCAGGGUGAAACUUAGCAAAUUAUAAUAUGGAUAGUGAUGAAUAUUGUGGAAAACCAUACAAAAUUAUUGAUUCAAAGCGUGAAAAAAAAAUUGGCAUUGUAGCAAGUUCAUUGCCUGAUUUUAUAACUAAAGCUCAAAAAAAACUGAACAUUAGCGAACAAAUUAAAGUCGUUCUUGAAUCUGAUGGUACUGAAAUAGAUGAAGAUGAUUAUUUUGACACAUUGGAAAAAAAUACUCUGAUUAUGAUUUUAAAACCCGAUGAAAAAUGGUGUUCGUAUAGCGAUAUAAGCAUUAAGCUAGCUGAUGAUCAAGUUGAUGGGUCACAAAACUUAUACAGUUUGAUUCAACGUCUACAAAAUGAUAUAGGUCAAAUUGCUCUUUUGGGUGGUUGUGAUCUUGAACUUUUAUCUGAUAUGGAUCCAGACAGUUUGAUUGAUAUGUCUUUUGACAGAUCAUUUCUAGAUCAAAUUAAAGAAGCUAGUGGACGGUUUCUUUAUGAAAAACGAGAAGCUCAAGAUGCAUUAAAUUUGCUCAAACUCUAUCAUGCAUCAACAAUCAAUCAAACUUCAUCCAAAAAAAGUAAAGUUUAGGUUAUGAAAACAUCAAAUCACAUAUUACAUUUUUUAAAUCAUUCUCCAGUCAUAAAUAUACAAUUAAGUAACUAGUAUUAAUUUUUUGUCCA